CAAGUCAAAGUCCAUUUCGUUUUUUUACGCUGUUCGAAACAGUUUAGUUUUUAAGUAAAUUUUCAAAUGGUGUUUAAUAUUUCAUCAAUUAACUAACUUUAAAUAACACAGAUGACUACCCCGGGACCAUCCCAGCCUGUUGACUGCACCCUGGGAAAGCUGCGCUCCUUCGUGGAGCGCAGCAGCCUGGCGGUUCAUCUGAGACACUUCAGCGAAACUAGCAGUGUGACUGAUCAGGUCGAACGCCAUUUUCGGGUCUUGAUGAGGGGCAUCAAAUUUUGGGAACUGGACCGGAUGCAACCGCUAUUCACUGGGCUUUGCAUGCUCAUCCUGAUCAAGGAGUGCAAUGCGGACAAUCAAUCCUACAAACGCAACGGUCUGAUGGCUCGCUUCAUAGAGUUUGUGGACUGCGUGCCACCCAUGAUUGGGCACCAGCUAAUCGAGAAGCUGCUGGAGGACCUGGCGGAGCAUCAAGUCGACAGCGAGGCCAACCUACUCAAACUGGCCGUCAAGCUGGGCGACAUGGGUUUUCGCGGCCGUGUCUUGGCCGUCUGUCUGCUCUGGUGGGUACUGGGUCGCCGUCUGCCCGCCCUGGAGAUAACCAUGCAUCGCUUCCGUGAGCCAGGGGAACUGGCCGAGGCCAUACGCAAGCAGCCGCCAAUAUCGCCCAGUGUCUGGCUAGCGCCAGAAAGUGAAGCGCCCAGCGAGACCGCAAAGGCACAUUCAGAGUCGCUGCGCGUGAUGCUGGAGGCAAUGGAGCGGCUCCUGGAUCUGCUGUUCUGCUGCGAUAACGCUGAUCUGCUCCAAGCUGGCUAUCCAGAUCAUUUCUUUACACUCGAGGACAGUGACAGCGCUUUCCUCUCCGACUGGUGCAUCGAUUUGUCCAAAGAGCUGCCCGCCAGCAUGUGCGGACCCCGUGGAAAGUUUGGCGCAUCCCUGCACUCUAUUAUCGGCAUGCUUAUGCAGGUCAGGCAGGCAAAGGUCCAGGAAGUGGAUCCAUCUAUGAUGGUGGAGGCCACCUUGAACGUGAGCAGCGAUUAGACCAGCGAUUUGCCAUACAUAUGUAUUUUUUUUUGUUUCUUUUUAAAUUCCUGUUGAAUUUGUUUAUUUUUCUUUAACGAUUAACGGUUUCAAGUUGAGAUUUAAUUCAAAAUACUGAAGUAGAAUCCCGAAUUUACAUUUAUAUAUUCUUAACUUCUCGAACCAAUCGAGGAGCAGCCUUUGGAAGACAUUGCAAGGCUUCAUUUCUUCUGAAAGCAUAUGGGAAUAUGCCAAGGACACUACUACUACGAAUUAAGCAUUAGAAUAGAUCUAUCAUCAGAUCUUUCCGAGAGACAAAACAAUCAAGGACACUAACAAGGAUAACAAACAAAUUAAAGCAGAAACCAAAUACAGAUUCAAUCAAGGGUGGCUGCUGAUAAUGAAUUAUCAGAAAACUGACUAACAUAUUUCUAUGCUACUAAGUGUAUCAAUCUCAGAAGAAAAAAAAACAAGUGCAGAACGAAGGAACAAUACUUUAUGGGUAAGCUGGAAGAACGAAGGAACAAUACUUUAUGGAUAAGCUGGAAAAAUACGAAGCGGUUAACGAUAUUCGACGAUGACCUGUCUGUAUUCAAAAUAUCAGAUAUAUGCAACAAACACUCAGAAAAUCCGUCGUGCCAGGACGGAUUUUCUUUGCUCAAGAAGGCAACUACAAAACAAGCAAGAAAAAUAAAUUGCUCACCUGAUGUUGACUGAACGAAAUACACUUGACACGACUCGGGACAAAGAUACAUUACUACGAAUUAAGAAUAAGAAUAGAUAUAUCAUAAGAUCUUCCCAAGUGACUCGCCGGACUUACAACGAUAACAAACAAAUGAAAUCAGGAAAGGAGAAACAAAAUACUUUAACUUAGUCAAGGGUAGCUGCUCGUGGCUGCUAAAAAAACGCCUCGUCUAUGCUACUAAGUAUAUUAAUAGGGAAAAUCUGAAGGAAUUUAUGAAUCUAGAACAUAACGAUAUCAACACUAUCUAGUUUUAAAAAAUAUCCUUCGUGCCUGGAUGGAUUUCCUUAGCUAAUCAAAUCAACUAGAAAAAGGGGUUAUAAAAUACAUAAUUUGCUAAGCGGAUGCAAACUGAACGAUAACCGAAACAUGGAAUAUAUUGAUGGGGGACAUGAGACUACUCUCCGAUAAAUGGAACAUUAUAAUAUCGGAGAACCAGUUAUUGGUACAUAUAGAACCGAAACUGAUUGGAUGCUCAACACUAAGAUUAAGAGAUUUCGAUUGAUAAGAAACUAUCUUGUCUAAGAUUCCCAAACAUACAUUUAAAACAAUACUCCAUUCUUGCAUCUUAAUCAGGAUUCGAAAACUGACUGAUCUACAAUGCGAAUACACAAAUUACAUCUAAAAAACAGGAAUUUACAUGAAAAAAAAAAACACAUUUUCUGUCUUUUAGAAAAUAUAUGUUAACAAGGAAAUAUACAAACUCGCAACAUCUUAUACAUCGUUAUGACAUCUUUUGCUUGGAAAUUUGUUGUAACUUUUGUAUUUUGUAAUGAAUAAACGGCAUUGUAAUACAAAA